UUGGAGUCGGGUUGUCUGAGAUCGCAACCCAGAGUGGGUGAUAAACCUCAUCUGAAGCUAAUUGCAGCCAGGAGACUGAUAGCAAACAAGUAUCGUGAGGGGAAGUUGCAAAGAACUUUGAAAAGAGAGAGUUCAAGAGGGAAGUGA